UUUUUAAUGCCCGAACCCCACUCCUUCGUUCGCCUCCAUCCCAGUCUCUCCCAGUGAACACGCACCAAGUUUGAACUAUUAAGAGAUAGAUUUGUGUGGCGAAGAUGUCAUCCACCGAGUCGCGUGAAGAAAAUGUUUACAUGGCCAAGUUGGCAGAGCAAGCAGAGAGGUAUGAGGAGAUGGUUGAGUUUAUGGAGAAAGUUGCUAAGACAGUGGAUGUUGAGGAGUUGACGGUGGAGGAGAGGAAUCUCCUUUCUGUGGCUUACAAGAAUGUGAUUGGAGCUAGAAGGGCUUCAUGGAGGAUAAUUUCAUCCAUUGAACAGAAGGAAGAGAGCAGGGGUAAUGAGGACCAUGUUGCUAUUAUAAAGGAGUACAGAGGCAAGAUUGAGUCUGAACUCAGCAAGAUCUGUGAUGGGAUUUUGAGCCUUCUUGAGUCUCAUCUUAUUCCAUCCGCCUCAUCUGCUGAGUCUAAAGUGUUUUAUCUUAAGAUGAAGGGUGAUUAUCAUAGAUACCUUGCUGAGUUCAAGACAGGAGCUGAGAGAAAAGAGGCUGCGGAGAAUACUUUGUUGGCCUACAAGUCUGCUCAAGAUAUUGCUCUAGCAGAAUUGGCCCCAACGCACCCAAUAAGGCUUGGUCUUGCUCUCAACUUUUCUGUAUUCUAUUAUGAAAUCCUCAACUCCCCGGAUCGUGCCUGUAAUCUUGCUAAGCAGGCCUUUGAUGAGGCAAUUUCUGAACUUGACACAUUGGGUGAAGAGUCAUACAAAGACAGUACAUUGAUCAUGCAGCUUCUCCGAGACAACUUGACUUUGUGGACAUCUGACAUCACGGAUGAUGCUGGGGAUGAGAUCAAGGAAGCAUCUAAGCAACCAACAGGCGAGGGGCACCAGUAGCGUGGGGAUAUCUUUAGGAUAUGUAUUCUGUACUUUAAACUUUGGAUCCUUUUAUAUAUAUAGAUGCCAUGUGAGUUGCUAGUAGGAUUUUAUUUAUGGAUGUCAUGACUUUCCUAUGCGGACUGAAUUUGGAAUUUCCAAGGUUUUAGUGGUUCAUGAUUGUAUUUAUUGUUGCUGAGGUGAUUAUGGCUUGGUGAUUGAGUGAUUUACUAUAUUAAGAUUGUAGUUAGAACUUUUAAUGAUUGCAUAGUAUUUGUUUGUGUGAGAUC